GGAUUCUCAGCUUUAUUCAAGAAGCACACCAUAUUUAAAGUGUCUGAAUUACUGCUGACAGGUAGUGUUGGAUAAUGGAAAAUCAGAAAGAAUUACAGUUGUCGACAAUAACCAAACAAUGUCAUCUCAGCAUGCCAUAACAGAAUAUCGGGUGAUUGAACCUUCGUGGCAUGGUUAUACAUGGUUAGAGCUAUCACCUCUCACUGGUAGAAAGCACCAGCUCCGUGUGCACUGUGCUGAGGUAUUGGGAACGCCAAUUGUUGGAGACUACAAGUAUGGGUGGCAAUCUCAUAGGAACUGGAAACAUCUGCCAUCCUCUAAGCUUGAAAGUAACAUGAAUGAGAAGCUUUCCAAGGGAAAGACACUUCCUUUUGGCCUUGAUUUGGAAAGUGGAAGUAUUUCUGAAAAGCAUCCUCGCCUACAUCUUCACUGCAGAGAAAUGGUUUUGCCUAAUGUAUCAAUGACUUUGCAACAUACACAAUUGUCUUCAGAAUGUGAUCUUACAAAAAUUGAAAGCCUCAAGUUUGUUGCUCCUUUGCCUUCACACAUGCAAAGAAGUUGGGACAUUUUGCAUUCUUGAGCUGUAAUUGGGUUCUCUUGCAAGUUCUUUAGUUGUAUUUCUUUCAUGUCGUUGGUCAAUCCAUUUUGCAGCUUUGAAAUUUG